CAAAGGGUGAGGACGGGAGGCAUUCCGCGAUCCCGGCUAUAAAUACCUCCCAUCGGGUUGGGUCCGCUUCAUUCCGUCUGUGACUGCGAAGUUCGUCCGUUUGAGUUCGACGCCGCACUCUUGUCCACGAUGAAAUUCGUUUUGGCACUGUUGGGGCUGGUGUGCCUGGUGGCUCUGGCCCAGGGAGCGGAGGAAAGGCCGGAGGAGGUCGAUGGGUAUCCGGUGGAAGCGGAUCUCGCCCCCGCCGAGUCAGUGUACGGCUACCGACGAUACGGCUAUGGAGGAUACUACAGGGCACCUUACUACGGUGGCUGGAGAUACGGUCGUAGCUACGGAUACCCUCGCUACCGGGGAUACUACUGGUGAAGGGCUCUGGUUGAUCCUUUGGGGUGACGAUCCUGGUUCGCACGAUGCGCUCGGUUCUGCAAUACUCUGCUGUCUUUGUGUGACUACUAACAAUGCUUUCUUCAAUGAAGCAUUUCCAUUCCUCUCUGC